CUAUACCGGUAUUUAUGUCAAACAGAUUAAGAAUACCAGGGCACAUCAGUCACCAGGAAAAACUGGACGGGAGCGCGUCGUACAAACGAGCAGACAAUGUACACAAAGAAAACAAAAAGAAUAGACUAAUAUUAAAUUGAAAGACAAGUCAAAUAAUUGUGUUUAGCAUUCUUUGGAUCAAUAAUGUCGUCGCCUGGCAGUGUAUUAGGAAGUGCAGCAAUCAACAAGCGCAAAUGCCGAGGCAGCUGCUCCUUGAUUUGCCUGUCAGCUCACCCAUCAGCCGUAGCGCUGAUGCUGAUGGUGGUUCUGUUUUGGAUGGGCUCGGCUGUUGUGCAGAGUGCCGACGAUUUCAAUGCGCUGUCCGCUCUCAACGACAGCCAUCACAACAGCAGCGACAACAUUGACAUGCACUAUGACAAUUUCAACUCCAACGAGCUGACAGUUAACAAUGGCACACGGAUCCUGCGACGAGGCAAACGCUACCUGGAGUUCACAAAGGGCUCGCGUAUGUCGUGGCGUACCAAUGGCAAGAACACUCUGCUCAAAAUCAAUACACUCUUCGCCUAUGGCUAUGGCUUUCGUGCCAACUAUCCAUUUCCUGAUGCCAAGGAGCAGCGCCAGAAAAACAGAAUUCUGUUCAAGCGCGACUUGUUCUCAAAACUGGAAUCUGCCCUGGAUGGCCAUGGCUUUGAUGGACGCGCCUGCUUGCUGAAAUCCUUCUGCACGGCCAUUUGGGAUGUUGAUAAGCCCCACCAAAAGAGCGGAAUGCUGUUCAAGCUACUCAAGCUAAUAUUUAGUCGAGCCAAACGCUUUCUGGACAUAAUUGAGACGUCUCGCAUAUUUGUGGGUAACAAUCGGGCAGAAGAGGUUUAACUUGCCAUUCGAGUUUGCCUAACAAAUGCCUCUUUCCAUUUGAAGUUUCGCAUAAAUGUCAAGAACAAUGUGAUAGCAAGCCCAACUAUUUGGGCGCAUGGCUUUGGAUUUCGAGCCAACACACCGAUAUUGGUGAAGCAUGAGAAUCGACCCUUUAGAAGGGACACAUACGAGCUGGUCCAGGAGCUAAUGGACCGCAGUGGCUUCGACGGCCAAGCCUGUGCCCUUAAAGCAUACUGCACAGCAUUAGCUGGCCACGAUAGUCAGGGUUUCUUAUACAAACUAUUCAGAUAUAUGUUUACCCUUGAGGAUCACGAGAAACAUCACAUUCCGUAUAUGCGCGAGGAGAACUGCGAGCAGAUUCUACAUAGCCACUGCCCGUUGAGCUUUGACAGCAUAUCACCAUACACAGACGAUAUCUGACAACGGUGCUUCAAUGGAUCAACUACGGUAAACUGUAAAGCAAAAGAUGAAUAAAAAAAA